UUUACCGCUUUGUGGUGUCUGCCACAAACACAAAGCCUUAAACCCUUUCUCUCUACUCUCUCCAUAGCCUCUUCAAUUCAAUGCAUCCAAAACUUGCAGGCUCCAAACACCGAACCCCAACUUUGAGUCUCCAUUUCUCACCUCAAAAGAAGAGACAACAAUAGAAAAAAGCAAACACAUUCCUUGGAAUAUGUAACAAAAUUUACCUAAUAUCUCGGCAUUGCUUAGCUUAAUGUCCCCACAUUUGGAAAUUGAGAUUUUUAUAGAAUUAUUGUUGUUCUCAAAGCUUCAAAUUUUCCAUACCCCAUCUUUAGCAAGGAAGGAUCUUCAUCAUUUGCAGUUAGAAAGAAAACCCCUUUUCACUUUGUUUACUCAUAUUGUUAGACCCCACUUAUGCCCAAAAAGAGAAAACAGCAUAAUACAAUUUAUUAGAAGUAAUUAGAAGUAAUUACUAGUUUGUACAUUUCUAAUCACUAUUAUCUCAGAUGGGUGUUCUUCACUUUACACUCCUCUGCUUCAUUUUACUACAUUCAUGGAAGAUUGCAGCUUAUAAUGAUGAAGAUUGGAAGAAAGCCACUGCAACAUUCACCAAAGACACUGAUGAAGGAUCUCUCGUUACUGAAGGAGCUUGUGGCUAUGGAGAUAUUCACAAGGCAAGUUAUGGAAAACACAGUGCUGGAUUGAGCAGCAUUUUGUUCAACAGAGGGAGUGCUUGUGGGGCUUGCUAUGAAAUCAGGUGUGUUGACCACAUCUUGUGGUGUGUUAUGGGAAGCCCUUCUAUUGUUGUCACUGCUACAGAUUUCUGUGCUCCAAAUUAUGGCCUCUCAGUUGAUUAUGGUGGAUGGUGCAACUUUCCAAGAGAGCAUUUUGAGAUGUCACAUGCCGCAUUUGCCCAAAUUGCAAAGAGUAAAGCUGAUAUUGUUCCAGUUCAGUAUAGAAGAGUGAAGUGUCAAAGAAGUGGUGGCCUGAAAUACACAAUGAGUGGAAAUUCUCACUUCUAUCAAGUUCUGGUAACCAAUGUAGGACUUGAUGGUGAGGUGGUUGCUAUGAAAGUGAAGGGAUCUAGAACAGGGUGGAUCCCAAUGGCAAGGAACUGGGGGCAAAACUGGCAUUGCAAUGUCAACCUUCAGCGACAACCUUUGUCAUUCGAGGUAACUGUGAGCAGUGGAAAAACAUUAACAUCUUACAAUGUUGCCCCGGCAAAUUGGCAAUUUUUGCAGACAUUUGAAGGAAAACAGUUUUCAGAAUGAGUAGAAUCAAAACUUCAUCAGAAAUGCUGAGUUUUGCAAACUUUGCUUUAUGAAUCCAAUGACAGAGCACAAGCUUUAUUGUGCGGAUUUUGCUCAUAAUUCAUGAUCUAGAUUGGUUCAAGUCUGUGGUUAAAAUGGUUAGAAAGAAAGUUUAGUAAUAUAAAGCUGAGCAAAUGGGUCAUGUAUGAUUCUAAUCCUUACAAUUUCAUCAAUCAAAAGGCAGACAUUGAUGGAAUAUAUAGUCAGUCAAAAAGUAAUAGUUAUAU